AUGUUUAACUCGGUCAACCUGGGCAACUUCUGCUCGCCGUCGCGCAAGGACCGGGGCGCCGAUUUCGGGGAGCGAGGGAGCUGCGCCUCCAACCUCUAUCUGCCCAGUUGCACUUACUACGUGCCCGAGUUCUCCACCGUCUCCUCCUUCCUGCCCCAGGCCCCCUCUCGCCAGAUCUCCUACCCCUACUCCGCCCAAGUGCCCCCGGUCCGGGAGGUCUCCUACGGCCUGGAGCCCUCCGGCAAGUGGCACCCCCGGAACAGCUACUCCUCCUGCUAUGCGGCGGCCGACGAGCUCAUGCACCGAGAGUGCCUGCCUCCCUCCACCGUCACCGAGAUCCUCAUGAAGAACGAAGGCUCCUACGGCGGCCACCACCACCCCAGCGCCCCGCACGCGGCCCCCGCGGGCUUCUACUCCUCCGUCAACAAGAACAGCGUCCUGCCCCAGGCCUUCGACCGCUUCUUCGACAACGCCUACUGCGGCGGCGGCGGCGGCGGGGACGCUCCGGCCGAGCCCCCCUGCCCCGGCAAGGGCGAGGCCAAGGGGGAGCCCGAGGCGCCCCCGGCCUCGGGACUGGGGGCCCGAGCGGAGGCGGGGGCCGAGGCCGAGGCUGAGGAGGAGAACACGAACCCCAGCUCGUCCGGCUCGACCCACUCGGCGGCCAAGGAACCGGCCAAGGGAGCCGCCCCCAGUAGACGCCCCUCGCACCCGCAAGAAGCGCUGCCCCUAUUCGAAAUUCCAGAUCCGGGAGCUGGAGCGCGAGUUUUUCUUCAACGUGUACAUCAACAAAGAGAAGCGGCUGCAGCUGUCCCGGAUGCUGAACCUGACGGAUCGGCAAGUGAAAAUCUGGUUUCAGAACCGGAGGAUGAAAGAAAAAAAACUCAGCAGAGACCGGCUGCAGUAUUUCUCGGGGAAUCCUCUGCUGUAACCCGCAGGCCGGGCCCUUUUCUGGGGAGCGGGAAAGGGGGAGAUGAUUAUUUUAUUUUAUUUCUUAUUUUUCGUUUCCUAACUCGCCUUCUUUCCGCGGGUGGAAACCUGGACUGUGGCCAGGGCCGUGGCCCUUCCUUCCUUCCGAGCUCCCACCCCUCCGGCCGGACUCUCGCCCCGGACGGGCCGGGCCUGGGAGGAGGGCGAAGGGAAGCGGCUGGCCCUCGGCGAGCGGACUCCCUGGGCGCCGAGGCCAAGACUUUAUUUAAAAGAAAACACACCUCGCGACGAGGUCCUGCUGCUCCGGCCGGGUGGGGGCGGGGCAAGAGCCGUGGCGCCUGA